GCGAGACGCGGAUAUGGGAAGCCUGUAGUCAGUGUGUGACAGGGUGUUAGCGCUAUACAGUGGCAGGAAUUUCUUAGAAGGCGCUAAUUAAUAGCUGCUACACAGAGCCACAGAGAACCUGCCAGAGCGGGGGAGGCCUAUCCGCCUUUCUUACAUCGUUGCUGGGACAGUGCGAAAAUCACCUGAGCGCCUAUUGGCAGUACUAACCAAAGGUUCUGUGCAUGUGAUGGUACUACAAUGGCCGUAUGUUAUGCCAGACUUGUUUGACAAUGGAAGACAAGCGCCCCAUCCGUCAAUCUCAUGUCCAUUCAGUUAGGACAAGCCGAGAAGAACUAGUAAACAAAAUAAAAAAUAGCAAGUGUCUUCUAGAGAACUUGACAGAACAUGGAUUCUUUUCCACUGAAGAUGCAGAGAUUGUUAUGCAGUUUUCAACACAGUCUGAUAGGGUUCGGCAGAUUCUCGACCUUGUGGAAAGUAAAGGAGAGGAAGUUUCAGAAUAUUUCAUAAGUGUCCUUCAAAGAAUACCAGAAGCUUAUUUUAAUUUGAAGCCAUGGUUAGAGGAAAUUCACUUUGAGGCUUCUGAAAAAAUACUUUGUUUAACUGUUAAAAACAAUGACCCAGUUACAGUUUUUAGCAGAAAACUAAAAUGCGAGCUGUGUUGUGAUGUGAAAUAUAUAAAAUCUUACACGGAGAGAGAAGAGAUGAUGCUUCAGGAAACAUAUGUCAAUGGGAUAAUGGAACUGAUUAGUGCAGCAAAUGAGAAUAUGGGAAGAAUGGAAGAUCUCAGCACUUUGUUUGAUGGCAAUGGAGUAAUUAAUGAAGAUGGGGAAACAAUCUUUGUCUUUGGUGAUGCAGGCAUGGGAAAGACCCUGUUGAUACAAAAACUGCAAAACAUGUGGGCCAAAGGAGACCACUUUUGUGACAUUAAAUUCUUAUUUAGGUUUAGGUGCAGGACGUUUAGCUUGUUCAAAAAGAGCACUUUAAUAACCCUAGAAGACCUUCUCUUCAAGUACAAUUGCAACCCUGACCAUGAUCCAGAGGAAGUGUAUAGAUAUAUGCUUCACUUUCCAGAAACUGUGUUGUUUACUUUUGAUGGCUUCGAUGAAAUACAUUCUGAUUUUGACUUGAAUAGCAUUCCAGAGGUCUCCUCGCCAUUUACUCCCACCCACCCAGUGGUCUUGCUUUCUCAACUGCUGAGUGGAAAACUGUUAAAAGGGUCCAAGAAAGUUUUGACAGCCAGAACAGCAAACCAAGUCCCCAGAAAUAUAAUCCGUAAGAAAAUAAUGCUCAGGGGCUUCUCCACAGAAAACCUACAUGCAUACACAAGUUUAUUUUUUAAGGAACCUGAGAUUCACAAGCGUGUGAUAGACCACCUCAAAGCAAAUCACAAUUUCAGUAGCUUGUGUUCAAUACCCCUUUUUUGCUGGAUUAUUUUCAAGUCCUAUGAACACUUUCACUCUAAUAAUGACUUUCAAGAAUUUUCAAGCAGCUCAGUAACAUUAACAGACAUAUUUUUACUUAUUAGUGAAGUUUACAUGAAUCUGUCAAGUAAUGUAUUUUCCCUUAAGGGAGCCAGUAGAAGCCAAUCAGAGACUUUUAAAAAAGGCAAGGACACAUUAUUGUCGGUUGGUAGGCUUGCUUACUAUGGAAUGGAAAAAUCCAUGUUUGUCUUUGAUCAUGAUGCAGUCACCUCUGUAAGUAUAUCUGAAAAUGAUCUCAAACUGGGUUUCCUCAGAACAGUGAAAGAAUACAGUGAACUAGGUGAUCAUUCAUCUUUUGAAUUUUUUCAUAUGACCCUGCAGUCCUUUUUUACUGCCUUGUUUCUUGUGAUUGAUGACAAAACUAGCAGUGCAGAACUGUUAAAAUAUUUCAGCCAGUGCACUUACACAGUAGAUAGAGAACUUGCCAAUUCUCCUUGGUCAUGUAUAUGUGCACGUAGAGACAUCAAAGGAGAUCCCUUCAAGAAUAAUGACCACCUGCAAUUUAUCAAUCUUUUUCUCUGUGGCUUGCUCUCUAAACCAAAACAGAACCUUUUAAAGGAUGUGGUGCACCCAUCAAUACUUAAGAUGAAAAGAAAAGCAUUGAAGCAGAAACUGUACCAAAGUGUUAAAUCCCACUUAAAAAGCCUACCCCGCUCCCCAUAUCUGGAAUACAACCGUGUACACGCACUAACCCACUUUAUUUGGAUGGCACGGUGCAUUUGUGAAACACAGAGUGAGAAAGUGGGAAAACUAGCAGCCAAAGGCAUAUGCGCAGACUAUAUUAAGCUAAGUUUCUGUGGAGCAUCGUCAUCUGAUUGUGGUGCCAUCUCAUUUGUGCUAAAUCAUUACCACAAAAAGUUUGCUUUGGAACUAGACAAUAACAACAUAAAUGAUUAUGGGGUGAAAGAACUUAUUCCAUGUUUCAACAAGCUCACUGUGAUCAGGCUCAGUGUAAAUCAGAUUACUGAUGAAGGGGCCAAAGUUUUGUAUGAAGAAUUGAUUAAAUACAAGGUCAUCACCUUUCUUGGCUUGUACAAAAAUCUCAUCACUGAUUUUGGUGCGCGAUUUAUUGCACGUAUUAUAGAAGAAUGCCCAAAACUAAAGCGUGUCAAACUGGGAUACAAUCGUUUUACUGAAGAGGGUGGUACAUACAUAGGUCAUGCAAUUCGAAAAAGCACUAGUGUCUGUGAUAUUGGGAUGUGGGGAAAUCAGAUUGGUGACGUAGGAGCUCAUGCAUUUGCUGAAGCAAUUAUGAAUCACCCCAGUUUGACACAUCUAAGCCUCGCUUGCAAUGGGAUAACCACAGAAGGAGGAAAAUGGAUUGCCGAGGCCUUACAGCAAAAUACGUCUUUAAAAAUACUGUGGCUGACUGAGAACAAGCUCACAGAUGAAGCAGCAGAGCACUUUGCCAACAUGAUAAAGGUUAACAAAACCCUCCGGCACCUGUGGCUUUUGAAUAAUCAGAUCACAAAUGAUGGAGCAGAAGUGCUGUCAGAGGCCCUGGAGCAUAAUACUGUAAUGGAGGAGAUAUGUUUACGAGGAAAUCCACUCUCACUUGGGGAGCAUCGACCAUUUGAGGAGAACUCCAGGAUUUUUUGUACCUGAUUUGUUUGUAAAGGAGAAGAAGAAACUGAGGUCUGAAAACUAUAAGACAAAGGGAAUAAAGUCCCUGCUUAGUGAUGUACUGUAGACAGGGCCGCCAUCAGGGGGGGGGGCAGGGGGUACGAGUGUCCCGGGCCUGAAGGGGGGUCUGGCA